ACAUGCAUGAAAAACCGAUCACGAAAUCAAUUCAUUCAAUCGGUGUCGAGCUAUACAAAGAUUGCUUGGUAUUCUGGCUUUUGCGCAUGCAUGGUUAUAGUGUAUCACCAUCAAGCUUUUGUUGGUUUCUAGAUCGUGAAGAAGUUCGAGAUCACAUUGAAAAACAUUAUGAGUACUACUCAAGCGUGCUCCUUAACGUUUAUAGAGCCAGCAGCCUUAUGCUUCCGGAUGAACAUCAACUUGAGAAAGCAAGAACUUUCUCGAAGAAGUUUCUUGAGAAAAUCGUAUCCGGAGGAACGAGAGAUGAAAGCUUCAUCUCGUCGAGUCAUCGCAGAAUGAUUGAGCACGAGCUGGGUCUUCCAUGGAUGGCUCGCCUAGACCAUCUGGAACAUAGGAUGUGGCUGGAGGAAAAAGAUGCUUGUGUAUUAUGGAUGGGAAAAUUUUCUUCCCAUAGGUCAUCACUGAUUCAUAAUCAAGAUAUAGUGCAACUUGCUGUGCAAAACUUUGUACUGAGACAAUCUGUUUACAGGAUGGAGCUUGACGUAGUAAAAGGGUGGUCCGAAAAAAUUGAACUUAGCAAGAUGGGGUUCGGUCGAGAGAAGACAGUGUACUCUUAUUUUGCUGUCGCCUCUUCCGUUUCUUUGCCUUGCAACUCCGACGUGCGAGUAUUGGUCGCCAAGAGCGCAAUCAUAAUAACCGUCGCCGAUGAUUUUUUUGACAUGGAAGGUUCAUUAGAGGAUCUAGAAAAGCUUACUGAUGCGGUUCAAAGGUGGGACGGUGAAGGACUAAGUGGGCACGCCAAGACCAUAUUCGAAGCCCUCGACGAUCUCGUCACCAACUUUAGAGUGAAAUGCUUCAAACAAUCGGGGAAGGACAUCAAGAAAAACCUUCAACAUAUUUGGGGUGAGACAUUUCAUUCAUGGCUCACGGAAGCGAAGUGGAGCCGAAGUGGAGGUGCACCUACGACACACGAGUACCUCGACGUGGGCAUGACGUCUGUCGCAGCACACACCUUAGUCCUUCCCUCUACGUGCCUCGCGAGCCCCACGACGCCGUUGCAGCAGCUGUGGUCCAACCCCUACCAGCCCAUCACCGAAUUGCUCAUGCUCAUCGCUCGGUUGUUAAAUGAUGUCCCAGGCUACCUGAAAGAAGAAAAGCAAGGGAAAUUGAACUUUGUGCUGCUCUACCUAAAGGAAAACCCCGAGGCCAACAUUGAGGACUCCAUCAAAUUCGUGCAAAUGCUGCUAGACCAACUGAAGAAAGAGUUCCUCCAACACGUCCUUGAUGAGCUCUGCGACUUGCCCGAACCGAGCAGGCGGCUCCACCUUGGGUGCUUGAAAGUGUUCCACAUGUUCUUCAACUCCUCCAACCGAUACGAUUCAGACACAGACAUGCUCCAUGACAUCCAGAAAGCGCUUGUAGUCCCGCCGCAAGUCCCCAAAUUGAAGCCCUUGAGGGCUUUGCCGGAGCAACCGGGACCGAAGCCACGGAUGUUUGGGACCAAGAGCAUGUCCGGCCAAUUUGGCCUCGAGCUUUUUCCUAGGAAGAGCUUUAUUGGGUAUCGAAUGUCUUCCCAAACAGGUCCAGUGAAUAGAUGGGGGAAGAUGUACAAGUCAUCUAGUUUUAAGUUAUGUUUCGCUUAGUUAUAGCAGUGGUAUAUCUUCAUGUA